AUGGCUACCGUGCUCGUUCAGCAGCAAGCGCUGCAUCACUCGACCCCUCCUCCUUCCCCUAUCCCUUCUGCCUUGACGGUCAACCGGCGAUCCAGUCCCAUCCCGAACAAGCAUAUCCCAAUAUGCCCCACUGGUCCAUCUCCACCGAGCCCCUCCUUGCAAUCAAUAGUCACUUCGAGUGACGGAACCUCAUCGUUACUAUCUCCGCCAGACGAGUCUAUGCGCAUCGGGCGACCGUCAUCCCCUGCCGUCUAUGCCAUUGAUGGCGCCAAGCUGGCAGCCGCGAUCGCGCAUGCUGCAUCACAACCAAUGCCCGACGCAAAUACUAUGUUCCCUUGGUUGCACGGCCUCCAUCAAGAUAAUCACCUCCAACUGGGGUUCUUCUCGAGUCGCAAGCGCCACGCGCGUCGCACCCCCAAAUGCUGGCGAGGGAUCACCGUGGUCAAGCUUGGUAACGACUUGUCCAAGGCGCGCAUCAAGGGCGCAGUUGCCGUGAACGAGCUGGCUGCGCUGUCCGAUAUCGUUAUUUAUGCCGAAGACGAUGGUUGCCAAAAAGAACUUGUGGAUCUGGCCAACCAGUUUGCAAUGGCGCAGCAGGCCUGGAGGCUGAAAAUGGAUCCUCUGCAGGAGCGACCGACUUACAAUACUUUUAUCCUUGCCGACAAAUUUUCCGAUAUUGCGGUAAAUCAACCGGAGCUUGUUGCAAUUGACGCAAAAGGUCAAUUGACGGGUCGAACCAUGGAUUUUGUUCAAUGGGAGCGCCUGGAAAUGGCGACCAUGUCUCGAGCUUCCGAAAUCUCGUCCAAUGUGUGGCUUGGAAACACCCCUGACUAUUUUCACUCAUCUAGAGUUCCCAAAGAGGAGCCUUAUGACCUUCUUAUUGAGGCAAGCGAUAUGGCCAACAUUCCUGGGCCACGGUACCUCGCUAUGCUUGACAAGCAACUUGAGAGUGGCCCUCAGCGAAUGGAGUUUCCCUCAUCUGGCUCCCUCUUGCUCCCAUCAGGAAACACCCGUGAGGCUGAGGAUAUAGUCAACACUAUCAGAUGGAUAUACUAUCUCGCACACCCAGAAGUUCCAACGGAAGAGAUGGAAACUGACGACGACUCCACGAACCAAAGAGGAAAACCCCGGAAGAUCCUCAUUCACUGCGCCGACGGUUACACCGAAAGCUCAUUGUUGGCAGUCGCAUACUUCAUGUUUGCGGAAGGCGUGCCCGCCCACGAAGCCUGGCUGCGACUUCACCGCGAGAGGAAACGUAACUUUUUUGCCUACCCAACAGAUGUUGCGUUCCUCUCCCACAUUCAGGGACGCCUCCUUCAGGAAAGCCCAGCGGUUCAGUCCCCCGAUCUAGGGAAAGCGCUUGAUCCCGCUUGGUUCCAUGCCAUCGAUGGCUCCUUCCCUAGCCGCAUCCUGCCAUAUCUUUAUUUGGGCAAUUUGACUCAUGCAAAUAAUCCAGAGCUCCUAUGGGAACUCGGUAUCAAGCGCGUGCUCAGCAUUGGAGAGGCUGUUAACUGGACCGAGACAGAUCGUGCCAGUUGGGGGGCUGAUAAUCUGAUGUACAUCGACAAUGUCCAAGACAACGGCAUUGACCCUCUAUGCCAGGAGUUUGAUCGAUGCUUGGAGUUUAUUGAGAAAGGAAAGCGCGAUGGGACAGCUACACUAGUCCACUGUCGAGUCGGUGUUUCUAGAUCCGCAAGUAUUUGCAUCGCCGAAGUCAUGGCAUCUAAACAGCUUUCUUUUCCAAGAGCAUAUUGCUUUGUCCGCGCACGACGACUCAAUGUGAUUAUUCAACCCCACCUGCGCUUUGUAUAUGAACUUCUUCAGUGGGAGGAAUAUCAAAUGAAAAAGCGCAAUCAACCAGCAAGACGUGAACUCGAGUGGCAACAUGUCACACGAGAGAUCGCUCUCCUCAACAAACCGUACUCAAGGAGCUAA